AUGGAUGGUGUGCCCCUCAUCUGUGACUACGGCUCAGGCUUCAGCAAGGUGGGGUUUGCAGGAAUGGAAGCCCCCCGAGGCGUGUUCCCAACUGUUCUCGGGAAGCUUCGGCAUGAUAAUGUGCUGGUGGGAAUGGAGGAGGAGGACUGGUUCAUUGGAGACGAGGCUCAGAGCAGACGGGGGAAGCUCAUCCUGCAACACCCUGUCUCUCGGGCAGCCAUCAGCAGCUGGGACAGCAUGGAGAAGAUCUGGCAUCACUCCUUCUACCAGGUGCUCCGUGUCGCCCCAGAACAGCACCCCAUGAUGGUGACAGAGCCACCUUUGAACGCAACAUCCAGCAAAGAGAAAGCAACACAGAUCCUGUUUGAGACCUUCAAUGUACCUGCCCUGUAUUUAGCCAACCAAGGAGUCCUUUCUCUCUAUGCCUCCGGCCAGACCUCUGGAAUGACUAUUGAAUCUGGAGAUGGAAUGACAUACUUUGUGCCAAUCAUUGACGGCUGUCCUUUGCAUCAAUCGACAUUCCAGUUGGACAUAGCAGGCCAAGACCUAACCUUGUACCUCCUGCAACUGUUGACAGACAGUGGGCACUUUUUGGUGAGCACAGCUGACCAAGAGUACAUCAGGGACAUGAAAGAGAAAUGUUGCUAUGUGGCUUUGGACUUUGAUAAGGAAAAGAUGAAAACCAACUCGCCUUCCUCCCAACAGAAAUAUCAGCUGCCUGAUGGCCAGGAGAUCAAACUUGGGCAGGAAAGUUUCUUCUGUCCUGAGGCACUCUUCCAGACAAACCUCAUAGGGAGAAGCACCCUCGGCGUCCACAUGACCGCCUUCCAGAGCAUUAGCUCCUGCAAUCCUGCCCUCUGGAAUGUCCUCUUUGGCCACAUCCUAUUGUCUGGUGGGACCGGCUCCUGCUCCGGCUUGCGGUUCCGGAUGCAGAGGGAAAUAUCUGGCCUGGUGUCCCCUACAAUUAACGUGAAGGUAUCCACCUGCCCAUAUUCCACGUAUGGUGCUUGGGUAGGUGGCUCCAUUUUGUGCUCUCUCUCCACGUUCAAGGACAUGUGGGUCACCAGCAGUGAGUAUAAGGAUAUUGGCUCCUCCAUCAUCAGGAGAAGAAGCUUCUGA